CACGCUCGGAUAGCCUUUGUGUCCAGGAAUAUUACAAAGUCAUUUUGAUAAGGCUGUCGAUUAUUGGAACACUUGAAUCCAUCUUUGAGAAACCCUAUAAGAAGUUCGAGCCAAUCGGAAAAAUUUAGUCCAUCACCGUUACUUCGAGCACGAUGUGGUUUUUGACGGGCUUAACUUUGGUCAUACUUCAGCUGAACAAGGCGUUUUGCUACUACAAUGAAGCCAGCUGCGUGAAUGCGGGUGGCUAUUGCAUUCCGACCUCGUCACCAUGUCCUGGAAAUAAGUUCGUCUCGGGACGAUGUCCCACUCAACCCGGCAACAUCAAAUGUUGCACUUCCAUCCCUUAUGAUGAACGGCAAUGCACAUCCGAAGGUGGUCACUGUUUAAACCAAGGGGAUUGCUCAGGAGGGCGGCAACUGUCCGGAAAAUGUCCCAGGCAACCGGCUGGUGUAAAGUGCUGCAUAAAAUCAACGGCCACCACACCUCCCGGCUCAACGGGAAGCGGCAGUUGCGGCAGUCUCGGGGGAGUGUGUCAGAGUUACACCACGUGUUCAUCGGUCAGCGUGAGUGGGAAAUGUCCCGGAAAUUCGGCCAUGAGGUGCUGCUUGAAGAAUGUUCGGGCUUCAGUGGUCCAAAAGCAUGUCAGUGACGAGGAGGGUGGAAUCUACUUGACUGGAUACAUUCCGACCCCUGGAUCGGGCGUUACCAUUGCAUCUGGAGUUGAUUUGGGACAACAAGGACAGAGAGAGUUGACCACUCGUCAAGUUCCAACCAAUAUCAUUCAGAAAUUGAGUCCCUAUUUGGGCUUGAACACCCAACAAAAAGUGGCCAGGGCUGGUUUGUCCGCGGCCAAUCUGAACCUUUCGUUGAAUGAGGCCCUGUCUUUGGACCAGGCCUUCUUGAACAAAUUGCUAUCCCGGAUUCAACCCUAUUCCUCCCGGUUGAGUGACAAAGGUCAGGCUGUUCUAGCCUCUUUGUACCAUUGGUGUGGCACAGCGAUCUUGAACAAUCCGGACCAGAAGUGCUAUGUGCGCGGAUGUCCCAAUUAUAUAAAGAAUGCUUUGGGCAACAGAAUCGGACGCGAUGCAGACCUCAAAAGCGCCUUGCAAGGGCUUAAAUCGUGCAUGAUUUCGAAAGGAAUGCGCAGUUGGAAAGUGAACCGGAUUAACAAUGAAAUCAAGUUCUUGUGAACCGAAUUGCCUAUUCAGAUCUGAUAGUCUGAAUGAAAUACACACCUGAAGCAUUGGUUGCUAUGACACCAA